UUAAUCUUAAAUAAUAUGUUUAGGUCUAAACAUUGAAUAUUUGUGCGGGUAAAGGUUUAGAUAAACUCACAAAAGUAUUUAACAUUUAAAUAGAUUUUCCCUGCCAAAUAAACUUAACUCUUAUUUUCAUCCGCUAUUGUCACCACAACUGUUCGUACUGUCAUUGAUUACGGCUAUAAUUUUGACUAAGAAAACCGCCAUUAAAAGGCCUGAAAAAUUAUAACUUCGAAGCUGGAGACGAGUAACGGCUAGCAUCGUUCCAGUUAAAUAGGCUUAGCACGUGUAAAUACAAUGUCUCAGUACUACAAACGUGCUGAUAGGUUAAACCAGUACGCUGUUUUGUAGGUAAUGUUUUUGCGUGCAACAGAGAUCAGAAAUAAAUUCACCUGUGAGAUUAAUGAAACUAAAAUAACAAGAUGGACCUUCCGAAACCACCAGAAGAACUAGAACUGAAAAAUAUCAUUGACAAACUUGCCCAGUUUGUUGCUCGAAAUGGACCAGAAUUUGAGCAGAUGACCAAACAGAAACAAAAAGACAACCCAAAGUUUUCGUUUCUGUUUGGUGGACAGUUUUUCAACUAUUACCAAUACAGAGUAACUUCAGAACAGGCCAUUAUCAAACAGAAACAAAGAAGUGAACAGCAAUCGAUUGUACAACAUGCCAUCACUCAACAGUCAAUACACUCUGCCCCUUGGCAGCAACCUCAGCCUCAGCAGCAACAUAACGUUCAACAGCAAAUCCAGGACAUUCAGGAACAGAUACGACAGAGUGAGCAAAAUCUUGCAGCACAACAUCAGGUCUUGAUGCAGCAGCAACAGGUUCAAGUUGAUGAAACUGUUCGAAAAAUUAUGGAAGAAAGAAUCCAUACGUUAGCUACAGAAUGUGAGUUUAAUCUAGAAGAAAUGGACAAAGUAAUCCAGCCUAUUAUUGAAAGUUGUACAAAAGAUGCCAUUUCUGCUGGAAAAGGAUGGAUAUUUAAUCAUGCCUUCUCAGCGAAGGAAAAUGAAGUCAUAACCCAACAUUUAUUGAGAAAAGUCACAGCUCCUGGAGCAUCUUUUGAGUUGAAACUUCAUCUGAUUUACUUGAUCAAUGAUGUGUUGCAUCACUGUGUACGUAAAAAUGCAGAAGAAUUAAAGAAAGCACUGGAGCAAGUUGUGGUUCCUAUUUUCUGUACAACCAGUAUUGGUAUAGAUGAUGAGAAACAGCAGAAGCUUUCAAAGCUGCUGAAACUGUGGGAGACAAAUAACUAUUUCUCAGAAGAAAUCCUUGAGCAACUUAAAAAUCCAUCUCAGUCUUUGGCAAAUUACCAGGCAAACCUUAUCACAGAUCAUGUGGAUGCUAUUACACCUGUUACAAGUGCAAUACAAACCCAGUAUGCACAGCUUCAAAAACAACAUCAAGACUUCGUAACUCACCUUACGAGUCGCAUACAGCAGCUGCAGUUUGCCCCUGCAUUCCAGUCCCAGCCUCAAGGGCAGGUUACUGCCUCUCAACCACAGACACAGCAGCAAGUACCAGCGCAUACUCACCAGUCUUAUCCAUUGAUCCAUCCUGCACCGACAGAAUCUCCUUCAUACUCUCAAACUUCACUGCCUGGUUCUCAACCUCCAACUAGUGUUCCACCCUGUCAAGGUCAAGCUCCUGGUCUAGGCUUGGGAUCAACUUCACUUUCUAAUCCACCAGGCCAGCCACCUCCCAGUUCUGGUUCAAAUUCAAACAUUACUACAUCCCAAGAUUAUUACAAUGGUCAGCAGGCACCCUUGCACCCACAAGGUCCUAUAGCUAAUGGACCUCCUACUCAUUUUGGAGGACCUCCACAUUCACAACAUUAUCCUCUAGGUCCACCACCACCUUUCAGUCAACCACCACCUAGUUACAUGCCACCACAAGGAGCUCCAGCAUACACCCCUCUUCCACCUCAUGACUAUGGACCAUACACUCAAAACUUCAGUGGGCCACCAGUGGGAGGGAUGGCUCCUCAAGGUUUUCCUGGAGGUCCCACUCCUCUUCCACAAGGCAUGACAAUGUCUGAAGCAAGUGAAUACCAUGCCCCAGAUGUACCAUAUUAUGACCUUCCUGCUGGAUUGAUGGUACCUUUAGUGAAGCUUGAAGACCCAGAAUAUAAACCUUUAGAUCCCAAAGCAAUUUGUCUGCCACCACCAGCACCACCUACAGAACGACUGCUUACAGCAGUUGAGAUAUUUUACAGUGCUCCUUCUCAUGAGAGACCAAGAAAUAGUGAAGGCUGGGAACAGUUAGGUCUGUAUGAGUUCUUUAAAGCCAAAGCUCAGGCUCGAAAGCAUCGACAAGACAUGAUUGAAAGAGGAGAAUGCCCACCAGAGGAGCCAAUACCAAGUAUAAAAAGUGAACAGUAUGGAGAAGGAGAACAUCCCAGGAAAUUGUCAGUAGUACGCCCUUGUAAUAGAUCAGACACUCCUCCUAAACGACACUACAGGGAAAGCAAGAGUCCCCCAGUCAGACAGGAAAAAAGCCGUAGCCCUAGCAGAAGUAGAAGUAGAAGCCGGAGCAAGAGUAGGUCAAGGUCCAGUUCUCGAUCUCCAUCCCGAUCACGUUCACACUCAAGGUCAAGAUCUAGGUCAAGAUCCCCACCAUAUCAUCGAUCAAGGAGGUCAAGAUCUAGGUCCCGGUCAAGAUCACGCUCUCGGUCAACUUCUCCACCUCACAGAAGAAGCCCAGAACGAAGUCCUACUCCUCCAUCAUUUUUUGGAUCAACCUAUGCUGGUAGUGGUAUGCCAAGAAGGCUUGAUGAAAGCAACAAAGGACACCAACUUUUAAAGCAAAUGGGUAAGUUAGGUAAAAGUUUAAUUAAGGAAAAGUCAAUAACUAUACA